CUUGUUUCUAGUCCUCAGAAAUAGGUCCACGGGACUUUCGAUUGAUCCAUGGAACAUGGCGGAUCGUUCUCCAAAUAUGUAUUUUUUAUUUUUGCAUUCUGCUUUUUAAUGUAUAAGUUUGAUAGAAUAUUAUGCAGUAAAUAGCCUACGCAAAGGGUGCAGUUGAUGAAGAAUUCGUUUGGACAUGCGAAUAUCCAAUUCUACGGACAUCACUCGGCAGUUCGUGGUCCCGGCCGCCAUCAUGCUUUGUACUGCUGCUCCAGCUAUCCUCCAGUGCAACGUGAAGGCCUAAUGACUUACAUGCACACAUCGGUGAUUUUUAUAUCUAUGUUAUCGGAAAUAGGUCAAGAUGUGGGUGCUCGGCUAUUGGACUUGUACUUUGUGCGGGAGCGCGGCGGCAAGCGAGAGAUCAAGCUGCUGAACAUGCUGCUCUUUGUCAAGUCAACUCUCUGGAAGGUGCUGUUUGGCAAGGAAGCUGACAAGUUAGAACAUGCCAAUGAUGACGAAAGAACUUACUACAUCAUUGAGAAAGAUGCGCUGGUGAACAAGUUCAUCAGCGUGCCGAAGGACAAGGGCUCGCUGAACUGCGCCACCUUCAACGCGGGCAUCAUCGAGGCCGUGCUCACCAGGAGUGGCUUCCCCGCAAAGGUGACGGCCCACUGGCACAAAGGCACCACCUACAUGGUGAAGUUUGAAGACUCCGUCAUCACGCGCGACAAGUCGCUGGACGACCGAUAACUUAAUAAGAUAUUAAAUUAAUAUUCAUUUAAACUCGUUUUCAGUUAAGUAAAUGCUCAGAAUUCUUGGUUUACGCAUUUAUGGUAAAAAUAAAUCGUUAUAUACUUAA